UCCCCCCCGGCCGGCUCCCCGCGGCCCCGGAGGUUUCACUGCACAACAAGAUGGCGGCGGCGGCGGCGAGCGGAGCUGGCGGGGUUGCCGUGGCCGGAGCAGGGGGAGCCGGGCCGGCCGGCCGCCUGCUGCCUCCGCCCGCCACGGGGCCCCCGGCAGCCCCCGCCGCAGUGCCCCCGACCGCCGGCCAGCCGCGUCCCACAGCCCCGGCCUCCCGCGGGUCGAUGGCCGCUCGCAUCGGCUACUACGAGAUCGACCGCACCAUCGGCAAGGGCAACUUCGCUGUGGUCAAGCGGGCCACGCACCUCGUCACCAAGGCCAAGGUUGCUAUUAAGAUCAUCGAUAAGACCCAGCUAGACGAGGAAAACUUGAAGAAGAUUUUCCGGGAGGUUCAAAUAAUGAAGAUGCUUUGCCAUCCACACAUCAUCAGGCUCUACCAGGUCAUGGAGACAGAGCGCAUGAUUUACCUGGUGACAGAAUACGCGAGCGGAGGGGAGAUAUUUGACCACUUGGUGGCCCAUGGAAGAAUGGCAGAGAAGGAAGCUCGGCGGAAGUUCAAACAGAUCGUCACAGCCGUGUAUUUUUGUCACUGUCGGAAUAUCGUUCACCGAGAUUUAAAAGCCGAAAACUUGCUCCUGGAUGCCAAUCUGAAUAUCAAAAUAGCAGACUUUGGCUUCAGCAAUCUCUUUACUCCGGGGCAACUGCUCAAGACGUGGUGUGGCAGCCCUCCCUAUGCAGCCCCAGAGCUCUUCGAAGGCAAGGAAUAUGAUGGGCCCAAAGUGGACAUAUGGAGUCUUGGAGUUGUCCUCUAUGUGCUGGUGUGUGGUGCCCUGCCAUUUGAUGGGAGCACACUGCAGAAUCUGCGGGCUCGUGUGCUGAGUGGCAAGUUCCGAAUCCCAUUCUUUAUGUCCACAGAGUGUGAGCACUUGAUCCGCCACAUGCUGGUGUUAGAUCCGAAUAAGCGCCUCUCAAUGGAGCAGAUCUGCAGGCACAAGUGGAUGAAGCUCGGAGAUGCAGACCCCAACUUUGACAGGUUAAUAGCAGAAUGCCAGCAACUGAAGGAGGAAAGGCAGUCGGAUCCCCUCAACGAUGAUGUUCUCUUGGCCAUGGAAGACAUGGGGUUGGACAAGGAGCGUACACUUCAGUCAUUAAGGUCGGAUGCCUAUGACCACUAUAGUGCAAUCUACAGCCUGCUGUGUGAUCGACACAAGAAACACAAAACUCUGCGUCCCGGAGCACUUCCCAGCAUGCCCCAAGCCAUGACUUUCCAGGCACCAGUCAAUCUCCAGGCGGAGCAAACAGGCACUGCUAUGAACCUUAGCGUCCCUCAAGUUCAGCUGAUCAACCCAGAGAACCAAAUUAUAGAGCCUGACGGGACCGUGAACUUGGACAGCGAUGAGGGUGAAGAGCCUUCUCCAGAAGCCUUGGUUCGCUAUUUGUCAAUGAGGAGGCACACGGUGGGAGUGGCUGACCCACGCACGGAAGUUAUGGAAGAUAUGCAGAAGCUCCUGCCCGGCUUUCCUGGAGUGAACCCACAGGGUCCAUUCUUACAGGUGGCCCCUAACAUGAACUUCAUGCACAACCUGUUGCCCAUGCAGAGCCUGCAGCCAACUGGGCAACUUGAGUACAAGGAACAGUCUCUAUUACAGCCGCCUACACUGCAGCUACUGAACGGAAUGGGGCCCCUUGGCCGGAGAGCCUCUGAUGGAGGUGCCAACAUCCAGCUGCAUGCCCAGCAGCUGCUCAAGCGCCCACGGGGACCGUCCCCACUUGUCACCAUGACACCAGCAGUGCCAGCAGUUACCCCUGUGGAUGAGGAGAGCUCGGAUGGGGAGCCAGAUCAGGAAGCUGUGCAGAGGUACUUGGCAAAUAGGUCCAAAAGGCACACACUGGCCAUGACCAGCCCGACAGCUGAGAUCCCACCGGACCUGCAACGGCAGCUAGGACAACAGUCUUUCCGUUCCCGGGUCUGGCCUCCUCACCUGGUACCUGACCAGCAUCGCUCUACCUACAAGGAUUCCAACACCCUGCAUCUCCCUACGGAGCGUUUCUCCCCCGUGCGCCGGUUCUCAGAUGGGGCUGCAAGCAUCCAGGCCUUCAAAGCUCACCUGGAAAAAAUGGGCAACAGCAGCAGCAUCAAACAGUUGCAGCAGGAGUGUGAGCAGCUACAGAAGAUGUACGGGGGGCAGGUUGAUGAGAGAACCCUGGAGAAGACCCAGCAGCAGCAUAUGCUAUACCAACAGGAGCAGCACCAUCAGAUCCUCCAGCAGCAAAUUCAAGAUUCUAUUUGUCCUCCUCAGCCUUCCCCACCUCUUCAGGCUGCAUGUGAAAGUCAACCAGCCCUCCUCACCCACCAGCUCCAGAGAUUAAGGAUUCAACCUUCAAGCCCACCCCCCAACCAUCCCAGCAACCAUCUCUUCAGGCAGCCAAGUAGCAGUCCUCCCCCUGUCAGCAGUGCCAUGAUCGUGUCCCACGGUGCUACAUCUCCCUCCCAGUUUCAAGGCUUACCCUCCCACGGUGCAAUCUUCCAGCAGCAACCUGAAAAUUGUUCCCCGCCUCCCAGUGUAGCACUAACCUGCUUGGGCCUACAGCAGGCUAGCCAGUCACAGCCAGUGACUAUUCAGCUACAGGAGCCAGUUGACAUGCUCAGCAACAUGGCCGGGACAGCUGCAGGCUCUGCAGGGCAGGGCAUUCCCAUCAGCCCUAGCGCCAGUCAGAUUCAGAUACAGCACCGUACCAGCCUAGUGGCUCCCUUCAGCUAUGGGCACCGGCCCUUGUCCAAGCAGCUGAGUGCUGACAGCGCAGAGGCUCACAGCUUGAACAUGAAUCGGUUCUCUCCUGCCAACUACGACCAGGCGCAUUUACACCCCCAUCUGUUUUCGGACCAGUCCCGAGGGUCCCCCGGCAGCUACAGCCCUUCAACAGGAGUGGGGUUUCCUCCAACUCAAGCCCUGAAAGUUCCUCCACUUGAUCAGUUCCCCACUUUCCCUCCCAGUGCCCUUCAGCAGCCACCACACUAUACCACGUCAGCACUACAACAGGCCCUGCUGUCCCCUACACCGCCAGACUACACCAGACACCAGCAGGUUCCCCAUAUCCUUCAAGGACUGCUCUCUCCCCGGCAUUCACUCACCGGCCACUCGGACAUUCGGCUGCCUCCAGCAGAGUUUGCACAGCUCAUCAAAAGACAACAACAGCAUCGACAGCAGCAGCAGCAGCAACAGCAGCAAGAAUACCAUGAAUUGUUCAGGCACAUGAACCAAGGGGACGCUGUUAGCCUAGCUCCCAGCCUCGGGGGACAGAAUAUGGCAGAGCACCAGGCUUUAUCUUAUCAAAAUGUUGACUCGUACCACCGCCACCACACCAGCCCCCAGCAUCUCCUACAGAUCAGGGCGCAAAAUUGUAUCUCACAGGGUCCCUCGCCCACCUCCACCCAUGGGUAUGCCCAUCAGCCACCACUAAUGCAUUCGGAGAGUAUGGAGGAAGACUGCUUGUGUGAGGGGGUCAAGGAGGGCUUCCCAGACAAGAGCUCAAGCACACUGACCAAAGGUUGCCACAACAGCCCUCUGCUCUUAUGUACCAGUGGGCCUGGGGACCCUGAGCCUUUGCUGGGAACUGUGAGUCAGGCCCAUGAGCUAGGGAUCCAUCCCUACGGACACCAGCCAACUGCCACCACGUUCAGUAGAAAUAAGGUGCCCAGUCGAGAGUCUGUCAUAGGGAACUGCAUGGAAAGAAGUUCUCCUGGACAAGCAAUGGAGCUGCUGGAUCACAAUGGCCUUGGGUAUCCAGCACGGCCCUUAGUCAGUGAGCACCUCAGGUCCCGGACCCUCCAGAGACACCACACAAUCCAGAACAGCGACGAUGCUUAUGUACAGCUGGACACCUUGCCAGGAAUGAGCCUGGUGGCAGGAAAGGCAUUGAGCUCUGCCCGGAUGUCAGAUGCAGUUCUCAGUCAGUCUUCAUUCAUGGGCAGCCAGCAGUUUCAGGAUGAGGAAGACGAAGAAUGUGGGGUGAGCCUGGGCCACGAGCACUCAGGCCUUGGUGAUGGCAGCCAGCAUCUAAACUCUGCUCGCUAUCCAGCUACGUGUGUUACGGACAUCAUGCUCAACCACAAGCACCCAGAGGUCUCCUUCAGCAUGGAGCAGGCCGGCGUGUAGCAGGAUAUGGAGAGUCCAAGUACAGCUCCAGGAGGAGGCUGAGUCUAGACCAAUAGACCAACAGUGUCCAGCAGCAUCGCACCACUCCUCCAUCUGUGUCUCCGCCAGAACAGUGCAGCUCCUUUCCCCACACUGGGCACCAGUAGAAUGUCGCUUGGGUUACGAGGGACUUUUGCCAUGUUUGCUUGUAUGACCAAGGCACCAAGGAAAUAAACAGGAAAUCCGUGUCCUCCAUCUUUCAUGAGCCAGCAUCUGGUGUGCUUGAAUUGAGUUCUGCUGUUUGGAGGUUUGCUUGUAUUUUGUUUUGGAAAUUUUCCUUUGGAGAUAACUUAUUCUCUUUACCUUGCCCACCCCACCUCCCUUGAGCGCUCCUCUCUCUCUUUCUCUCUCUCUUUUGUUUUCUCCUACCAUUUCUGAGGUAGAGGAACCAGGGGUUAGUACUCAGGGGCUGAAUUUAGGGCCCUCCCACAACCUGUCCCAGACCAGCUUCUCUCCCCUUCUCUCCCUCUGCCCUGGUCUGCUGGGAACAAAUGCUAGAGCAGAGUUUGGUGGCCAAGAAAGGGAGAGGACAGGGGCAAUGGUCCCUGCCUUUGGAGAGUGGAACAGAAGAAGAAACCUGAGCCUGGAAUCUGGCACAGUCUCCUGCUGGCCUCUACUAGAAUCAUAUCUGGCACAGCAGAAUUCCAUCAGAUCCAUAGGCUGAAUGGCCUGGUGCUGACAGGUUUGCCAACCAGAAUGGCUCAGCCUAGGCCCCUCUGGUAUAUGUUCAGUUCCCCUCCAGUCACCAACCAGUUCCCCCUCAUGAGUGAACACCCAGGAGUGGUACACUGUGCUGUUUGUGUGGUCUCCAUUCUUAUUCUCUACUUCGUUGUAAAAAGGACCGUUGGUCCUUUUGUGUGCACAUAUAUGAGUGUGUACAUGCCCUUCCCUUGCAGCCUCUUUGUCACAGACAGGAAUUGGAGACUGUAUGGGGUCCCUUAACCUUCUCCUCUCCCCAGCAUCCUUGGCCCCUACAUUUAAAUUUUUGAUCAUGUAGGAAUUGUUUUUGAUAAAUGUUGAUAUUGUUAUUAAAUUGUUAUUAAUAAAGACAAAAAGGAUUUUUUUUGUUGUUGUUUAAAAGAGAAAUGUUUAACCAGAUUCUGUGCUAUUGAACUGUGGCUUGCACCUUCUGUUUGAAGUGUUUUCCUUGGCUUUGGCAUCGUGAGCCACUCUCCUGUGCCAGCAACGGAUGCAGUGGCCUCCCUUCCCCAGCCGAAGCAGCACAUACGCAGUAGCUACUGUUCUUGUCCUUUCCUUUCUCUCUGCAGUCAGAAACCAAAGUCUGGGGCCAAACAAGGCCUGGCUUCUCUUCUGGUCUUCAAAACCAGAGAGGGAUGGUCACUGCUCUGACUCCCAGCCCUCAUUUCUCAGAGCCAGGGGCCACCAACCUCUGAAUAUGCACAGAAGAAAGCCUACCAUGGCAUCCGGAUGUUACCAGCAGGGUCCCUACCCACCUUACCCUUCCGCAUAGUCCCUGAAAGCUUGCUCUUGAGCCCAUUGUCCCUUGAAUGGAUUCAUUUUCAAUAUGAGAGCUUGGCUGGGGACCUGUUCCAUGGUCCCAUGUCCUCCAGUCUCCCCUCCACUUCAGGUGUCACUAAUUACUAGCCAGAAGAAGUCUGACUCCCAAGAAAGCUUAAGGGGCCAGUUGGCUUCCAAGCUCAGUCCAGCUCUGAUGCUCCAGCCCCACCCUGCUGCUCCCCACGCUCGGCCUGACCUGUUUACAUGAUACUGGAUUGAUGGAAGAGCAGGUACCACCCCUCCAGAGCCACCCAGACGAAAGCCAGUGAGCCUAUUAACCGUGCCAUCUUGCGAACUAUUUUCAAGAUCACCAUUGCUUUAUAUUGUAGUAACCAAUAUUCGCAGUAUAUGUUGAAUGUAUAUGAAUCUACUUUGCUAUUUCUGUUCUUUGAAAAUGUAAGAAGUAUUUUUUCCUUUCUCAUUUCUGUUGAGCUAAAUAAUAAUAAUAAUCUCCAGAUUCAAGUUGCUAAGAGCCUUUGUCCUUGUUUGUGUGGGACAUCUACAACUUAGUAACUUGGUUGGAUUGUAGGAGGUUGUGGAAAUAAAAACCUGAUUAUGUUCUAA